UGUUACAAUUGUAUCAAAGCCGAGGACGGGUACCUUGUAUCUGCGAGCGGCCCCUUCUGCCCUCUGCCCCCCACUUGGGCCGGAGCGGAGCCUUCUAGCCCCGCGGACCCCCGCGCAGGAAGGAUGCCGAUCAACAAAUCUGAGAAACCAGACAAGCCUGAAAAUUCUGAUAAUGUCAAGGUCGUUGUCCGUUGUCGGCCUUUCAAUGAACGAGAAAAAACAAUGUGUUACAAGAUGGCAGUUAACGUUGAUGAAAUGCGGGGCACAAUCACUGUCCAUAAAACAGAUUCUUCCAAUGAACCUCCCAAAACAUUUACAUUUGAUACUGUUUUUGGGCCAGAGAGCAAACAGCUCGAUGUUUACAAUUUAACAGCAAGGCCAAUUAUUGACUCUGUUCUAGAAGGAUAUAAUGGCACCAUUUUUGCUUAUGGGCAGACUGGAACAGGAAAGACGUUUACAAUGGAAGGGGUCCGAGCUGUCCCAGAACUCAGGGGGAUCAUUCCGAAUUCUUUUGCUCACAUAUUUGGGCACAUUGCAAAGGCAGAAGGUGAUACAAGAUUUUUGGUUCGAGUCUCGUAUUUGGAAAUCUAUAAUGAGGAAGUACGUGAUCUACUGGGCAAGGACCAGACACAGAGGCUAGAAGUUAAAGAACGACCUGACGUGGGAGUCUACAUUAAAGAUCUUUCAGCAUAUGUUGUAAAUAAUGCAGAUGACAUGGACCGAAUUAUGACACUGGGACACAAAAACCGUUCUGUGGGUGCCACUAAUAUGAAUGAGCACAGUUCCCGUUCCCAUGCGAUCUUCACCAUCACCAUUGAAUGCAGCGAGAAGGGUGUCGAUGGGAACAUGCACGUGCGCAUGGGCAAGCUGCACCUCGUAGAUCUUGCGGGAUCAGAAAGGCAAGCAAAAACUGGCGCUACUGGGCAACGACUCAAGGAAGCUACAAAAAUUAAUCUCUCUCUCUCUACCCUUGGGAAUGUCAUUUCUGCACUGGUGGAUGGAAAGAGCACUCAUGUGCCGUAUCGUAACUCCAAGCUGACUCGACUCCUGCAGGAUUCUCUUGGGGGCAACUCCAAGACUAUGAUGUGUGCAAAUAUUGGCCCGGCCGACUACAAUUAUGAUGAGACUAUCAGCACUCUGCGAUAUGCCAAUCGUGCCAAGAACAUCAAGAAUAAGGCUAGAAUUAAUGAAGAUCCAAAGGAUGCCUUGCUUCGCCAGUUUCAAAAGGAAAUAGAAGAACUUAAGAAAAAGUUGGAGGAAGGUGAAGAAAUUUCCGGCUCUGAAAGCAGUGGCUCUGAUGAGGAGGAUGAGGAUGAGGACGAGGAGAUUGGCGAAGAUGGAGAAAAGCGAAAGAAGCGAAGGGAUCAAGCAGGAAAGAAGAAAGUUUCUCCUGACAAGAUGAUGGAAAUGCAAGCCAAGAUAGAUGAAGAAAGGAAAGCCCUUGAAACAAAGCUUGAUAUGGAAGAGGAAGAGAGAAACAAAGCCCGGGCAGAGCUUGAAAAGAGGGAGAAAGAUCUGCUUAAAGCGCAGCAAGAACAUCAGUCACUGUUGGAGAAGUUGCUAGCCUUGGAAAAGAAGGUGAUUGUGGGAGGAGUGGACUUGCUGGCUAAAGCGGAGGAGCAGGAGAAGCUUCUGGAGGAAUCUAACAUGGAACUUGAGGAGCGAAGGAAAAGAGCAGAGCAGCUCCGCAGAGAACUCGAAGAGAAAGAGCAAGAGCGUUUGGACAUUGAGGAAAAGUAUACCAGCCUUCAAGAGGAAGCUCAAGGGAAGACCAAGAAACUGAAAAAAGUCUGGACAAUGCUAAUGGCAGCAAAGUCAGAGAUGGCGGAUCUGCAGCAGGAACAUCAGAGAGAAAUUGAAGGCUUACUGGAGAACAUUCGCCAGCUCAGCAGGGAGCUUCGUCUUCAGAUGCUCAUCAUUGAUAACUUUAUACCUCAGGACUAUCAGGAAAUGAUUGAAAACUAUGUUCACUGGAAUGAAGAUAUUGGAGAAUGGCAGCUGAAAUGUGUAGCCUAUACUGGAAAUAACAUGAGAAAACAGACUCCGGUACCGGACAAAAAAGAAAAAGAUCCCUUUGAGGUGGACCUUUCACAUGUAUAUCUAGCAUACACUGAAGAGAGCUUGAGACAGUCUUUGAUGAAACUUGAGAGACCGAGAACUUCAAAAGGAAGAUCAAGGCCCAAAACAGGCAGAAGAAAACGUUCUGCGAAAUCAGGGGCUGUGAUUGACUCAUUGCUGCAGUAGACUAAAACAGGGAGUGAGCUUGCAGUAGGCGUGUGCUUGGCCAAAAGAUGCAGAUUCUUCUUUCUGGAGGUCACAGGAGAGUUUGAUGUAUUGCUGAUCCAGAAGUAGCUGUAAAGGCCCAUGCUGUUGCGACUGCAAGAAAAUACAUGGGUUUCCCUUGAUUUGCCAUUAGGUCAUCUGUUAUACUAAUGUAAUUUUUUCAGUCUAAGCUAUGUGGUCAUUGUAAAUUGUCAUUGUUAUUAAUGCCACUUUGGACAUUAUGCAGGGGGAAACUGUUUGGGAUAUCCUGUGUUUUAAAAUGACAUGUACAGAAUGGACGAGAUUUUCUGUGUGUGUGUCUAAAGUUAAACAGAUUGUGAGUAGACAACCAGAAUUCCAUAACCUGAUAUACUGGUUUUGCUUUGUACUUUGCUGUUAGUCCUUCCCAUUGUUCUGUGUUUGCACUGUUGUAAAAUGUCCUCUUCUUCUUUUAAGAAGUGGUAGCUGCAGAGUCUGAAAUAAGUGGAAACCCCUUCUGUCUGAAGCACUCUGUCUAAAUAAUUUACCAUUCCUGUAGUAUACAUACAAUAUACAUAGACUUAACUCAGUGUUGUUACGCAAAGAUGGAAGGUUGCAAACCUAUGUAGUGGUAGGCUUGCACUUGUCUGGAGGGCAAGGAUAAGGUAUCCUUAAGAUUAAAACCUAUCUAGCAUUUGAUUUCGAAUGGGCCAUGCCUGAUUAUGGGAACAAUCCAAUAACUACUGCUCUGCAGCUUCCAUUCAUCUUCACUGGGGUUUACGAAGUUCAUGCUGAAGUUACAGAGAAUUGCCAGGCAGCCUCUGCUGCUUGACUAAUCAAUCUGGAAAAAAGCAUAUUUGUGUGGACAAAACUCCAGAACUGGAUGCCAGGUAGCUUUGAGGAGGGACAAGGGAAAAAUUCAGUCUGUAAACUGUAUUUUCAAGAAAGCUGGCAAGGAGUUAUUUUGGGGUUGCCUUUGAAGCCUAGUUCAUCUAAAAGCAGCAGGAGGAGCUGACUUGUGUGAGACUGGAGGAGUUUGCUUGAAGAUCAGGCCUCUUUAAUAACUGCUACAUCUUCUGGCUCUUAUUGCUGUACUUUCAGCAAUAACUCGCACCACUUCCUUCUGCCACCAUAUUCCAGCUCUAGUUUGGCAGGACAUGAAAAGUGAAAUCUCUGUCUUUGCCUGUUAAUCUAUCGGUUUUCAUGACUCUCAACAAGAUCAGCCACCGUCAGAACCCUUGUCAGUUACAGUCAAAGAUUGUAUUGCAUUUGAUGCUUGGAAACUGAGAUGCUACAAUGUUAUUCAGGAAGAAGCUUAUGUACAUAGUUUUUAAAGUUGCCUCCUUUUCUUAACUGUUUGAUUCUAGGCCAAUUAAGUUUUUGGAUAGAAUAAGUGAGCUUGGACGUGUGUUAGAAAUGACCUUGGCUUGUUUCCUCAUAGUAUUUUAGUGGAGGAAAAGUAGAAAUUUCCCCAAAAUGUCAAGAACAAUUCUAUCACUACUGAACCAUAGUUUGAUUUAUAGAGCAUUGAGACAGUAGCAUUACCUUAGAAGGAGCGGAUUGGUACAGUGUUAUGCGUUCUUUAGUCAUUCUGUUUCCAGUCAAAGGAAAUACAGAUACUUGCUUGUUCUGUCUACAUACUGAAUUGGCACCCGCUUAUCUUCCAAAUCCAAUCUCUUAUUUAUGAAGUUAUACAGCUACCACACAUGAACUUUUGUUACAUAUUUAGGAUGGUGAUGACUGCUAGACAUAUCUCUUAUUGUAUGUAUUUUAAAAGUAAUUUUAACCAUUCCUGUGCAAUGUGUAUUUUAAAAAGCUGUGCUGGCAGCUGUGAAAUGCUCCUAACAAAAAGAGAAUUUUGAUUAUAUUUUGGUAACAGGACUGCAAUCGCCUGUUGUUUAGUGUUAUGAAUGGCACCAAAUUGCUGUAAGCCAUGUUGCCCAGAGGCCUCUGUAGUUUUAUUUUUAGAACUUCUUUAAUGAUUUCAGCUAACGGUCAGCUGAAGAGAAAUUGAUGAUGAAUAUGGAAGAGAUGCUUGGGUAGAGCAAGCAGGAUGAAGCUGGAGGAAGAAUAGCUUUAUGUUCAUAGCUGGAUUCAAACAAAACACUCGAGCUGUCCUAUGCACCGAAGAUGUGCAACUGUUAGCUACUGUUGCGGUGGUUACACAGGAAACUGUUGGUCAAAUAAAGUAUUUGAAUAUGGUGUGGGCUUUUUUCUCAAGCAUUCAGAAAUUCUUUAUAAUUAGCUGGCAAACAUUAAUACACUUGAGGGAGAUAAAGCUGAUCCUACGCUGACACUGAUCUCGAUAUUCUGUUUUCAGGAUUAGAAAGACAUUUUCACUGCUGUGAUAUGCUUCAUAGUGGAAGGUGGAGUGACAUUUACAAGGAGCCAGGCAUCAGGAAGAAGGGGUGCCAGCACUAGAUCGGGGCUUCUUUUCUGAUGGGUGCAGCAUUGUAAAUGUUUCAACUCAAGUGCUCACCUGCCUGGCUACAUGCAGAUUUGUACCACUUGAAAGGCAGUGGACAUGCUGCUUGGGCUACAGUCUCUCUUGAUGUUAUAAUUCUGUGGCAGUUUGUCCACAAAGCCAUACCUGACAAUUAACCAAAGGGAAUGCCAGUGCAUCCAAUUUUCCUUUGAUGGUACAAGUUGAUCCUAUUUCCUGAUAGCUUUACUUUGGGAGGUUUACAAUACUUGCUUGUACAGAGGUGGCAAACUUGAAAGUUUUCUCUUCCUAAAGUACUUCCAAGGAGAGCCCUAACAAGUAUAACUGCUUACUUUUUAAAAGGCAGAGUAUCUGUCAUAGUUACAGCUGGUGCAUCAUAUUAUUUAUUGUGGAUGUCUUUAUCCAGGUUUGAUUUUUAGCCUUAUAGCCCAAGCAAUCUACAAUAGCAUGCUGGUUUAAAGAAAAGGCAAAAGGCCAUUCUGGUUUAGACACAGCCUUGGGAAUAUCAAAGGCUUUUUCAGGGAGAGAAGCAGCAGUGGUGCAGUACAAUUUCAGCAGUCUCAUCCCCACUUCUGUACAAACCAUGGCAGGUGAAACUGAAUGAGCGUCAGACAGGAGUGGUUUCCUUGAGUAUUGUGCUAACUGGUCACAGCUUACUGCAAUGUUCAACCUGUGUUUCCAUUACUUGCUUUAACGACAUCUUCCCCUUUGACUCAAUUCCUAUCCUGCCUGCAACCCAUGUGGUCCCUGAGGUCUUUCAUGGCGCUAACACUUGCUGCUAGGAAGAGCAGCCUGGCCUUGUUCUGCCUAUUGAUAUGCGAACACCAAAGGAAGAGGCUCUAAUGUAGGUGAUGUGUCUCCUUGUCCAUUCUGCCAUAGCCCAGCAGACUCCUGUGUUUUCAGGAAAAUUGACCUGAGGGCUCAGUUUUUUCUUUGUUUCUGUUGCAGCAUCUUAAAUUAUUUGUGUGUAACAUUUUGUUUUUAAAACAGCUUGCCUACUUCCUGGAUUGCAAGAGAAGAAAAAACGCCUCUCUCUGUGCCUUUGUAGUUAAUUACCUUGCAUUGCUUACAUCUUAAAUUAUAGUAGUUGAGUAUUGAUCCACAUUAUCAAUUCUGUAUAUAAGGAUGAGGCAAGAAAGGAUGUAUCCCUAUUUAUUGUUUUUCUAAGUUUUUAGUUAACACUUCUGGUUUGUGGUUUUGUCAUGUACAAAGUGUUUAUGUUGUAUAUAGUGGUACUAUGCCUCAACACUGAGCAUGUUGAAACCAAGAAAUAAAUGUCUUGGAUUCCCACUGUA